UGACAACCUGUCGCCCAUAGACUACCAACCAGACCAGGCUGAGACUACACAUCUACCGACAUCUAUUCGCACAUUUCCAGUUUGGUUACUUAUGAGGCCACAAAGGCACACACAUUUCCAGGUCUCUUUUUGUGGUGAAUCAAUCCUUCUCUCGCCCCCUCUAUAUGUAGUAGCCAUCUGAGACGGUUUCUGGAAUUCUCAAAGGACAUGCUUAUGAAAUGAAGGGAUUAUAAUAAUAAUAGUGAUUGAGGUGAGGAUAAGGAUGGUGAUAUAAUGGUGACUGUAGACUAACAUCUAACUAGGUCGAACGAGGAGCGUACAAUUUGGCGACGAUUAAGUCCCUUAAAAAAAUAGGCAACAUUAAAGUGUAUGGUUCCAGCCCGAACACGGAUUUUGACUCCAGCUGCGAGUACUUUGCACGGACUGCUUUCACGUCACCCCACCCGUCUGCCCGUCUCCUCCCUGUAAUCUUAUUGCGACCAUCUCUUUUGAGCGCAUCUGAACUGGAGAGAGAGAUACUAAAUAGAUUCAGACACCAACAUUCACCUACCUGCUCGAGCGAAAUACGGGGAGGACGCUCAAGUACGCGCGCGUCCACGCGCACUCGCUGAGUAGCAAGACAAUAUAAGGCAAUAAAUAAAAACCAAAAUUGGAAUUUGAGUUUUCAACACGAAGGCUAUUCCUUAAAAAUAAAAAUAUAAGAAUACAGCUUUACUGAAAAAAGCAACAGCCAUGCAUCUGAACAGAGAAGAAGGGAACAGCAAAGGGUCUCUAUCUAUCAGUGUGUUCCUGGUAUCUCUGGGGCUGACGGUGUGUGCCGUGUGGCUCGUAGCUCUGUGUGGAGUCUGCACCUGGUGUCAACGCAAACUGGGGAAGAGGAACAAGCCUGGGGUGGAGGCAGCCAGCACCCCAGAUUCAGUUCAGAUUCGUGGCCGAGGGGAAAACAAAGCCAUCAACUGCGCAGCUCAAGACCUGACGGACGGUGGUCUCAGUCUCCAGCUAACCCAGCAGUCCUCUCCCUCCUCUGUCACCAUACCAUCUGUUCUCCCAUUCUCCCUUUAAUCACUCUCCUACCUGUUUCAUUUCUCCCUUCUCUCUUUCUGUCUCUCUCCCUUUUUCCAAGAUAUGUUUUAUCUGUGUAACCAACCUUUGUUGUUUCACUUUGACUUAUAACAUACUGUAUAUUACUCUGUGAUUGAUGUUGAAUACAUUUUUUACUCUUUCACUGUUAUCUAAUCUCUUGUACAGAGAGAGGUAUAAUCUAUUCAUUUGUCCAUGAGUCUGGAUGCUGUAUCAGCUCACAGAAUAGACAAUAUGCAUUUUCCAAACCCCAUCCCCUUUAGACCGAUACAAUUUUUACCUUCCUUAAUUCACUUGUUUUCCUACUUUCUUUUCAAAGACAUAAAUGUUUUCCUCUGAAACUAUAUUAUGAACAUUAAAAUGGAAUUACUUUUAUAAAUGCAGUACCAGGGCCAGAUUACCGAACAGGCACACAGGGCACGUGCCCCUAGGCCCUCGACCUCCAGGGGGCCCCCAACCCAAUUUGUUUUUGUUCAAUUGGGGGGGCAGAUAGCAUACGAUAGCAAAAUGUGUGGAAUUGCAGGAAAUUUGCUUCAAAACUGCAACAUUUUCUCUCAGCCUCAUGGCAAAACAUAUAGAAUAGCAGGAAAUUAGCUUGAAAAACUGCGAAUGCACGGGAUCUGAACACGCCGCAAAAAUGUAUCUUGUUUUUCCAACAAAUAUUAUCAUGUCACUGCUUCAUCAAGAGUACUUAUUGUUGCCAGACGCAACUUCCAAUACAAUGAUUUAGGUGGAGGAUCCCUCAGGGAGAGUACAAUCAAUUUUAUUAAGCUGACCUUUAUUAAGCUGUUUAAUAAAACAAGUAGUACUAUUCUGUUGGUGUAUGCACCGAACACUUACGAUAACUCAUUUCAUGACCAAUUCUGUACUCUGACACUAGAUUUAGCUGACUUCUGACCAGUUAUUGGUGGCGAUUUUAAUGCAGUUUGGGAGUACAGGCUAGACAGAUCUGGGCAGACGGGGGAGACCAGCAUCUGACCUCUGUGGCACUGCAGAAAUGGGCAAAUUAGGUGACAGUUGACAAUUUAAUGUCGAAUUAUGAAUCCCUCCUAUGGAAAUGUAACAUUUUUCUCUCGUGGACUUUAUAUUCACUUCAAAGGACCUGUACAACAAAGUUCUUGAUAUAGAUGUAUUACCCAUGGCCCUCGCCGACCAUCGAGCCAUUCUUAGCAGACCCGCUAUCAGAAAUUACACUUUUAAUUUACAGGGCAAAUCCUUCUUCUUUUAUUUGCAACUUCACUCUGCCAUGCGAGCAUAUGAUGUCCCCUGGGGCGAAACACUACCAACUCACCCCCUCCGCAGCAUUUUUGAGAACUGGCCUAAACCCAGGGGACUGUUUUCUGAUCUAUACUUGCAUUUCUUAAAAGCAUUUUAGAAGCCCCUGCCAAUCGACCUACAAUAGAAGAGACCUUCAAUCACUGAAAUGAACUGGUCUGUAAUUCUCUCUUCUAGAAAUCCUAAAUAUCAAAAUAUCCAUUUUAAUUUUGUCCACAGAUCUUAUCUUACCCUGCGCAGACUAUUCCAAAUGAAUAUUCAUCCAACCCCGAAAUGCUCUCUCUGCCUUCAAGGUGCUCCUGGUACCUGUGGGUCGGUGCAACUGUCCUGUGGUGGGAGGUGUGGGUGGGUACAGUGAUCCUGUGGGAGAAGGUAAAGGUUUUCCCUCUGCACCAUGGAAAAAUGUGUUGAAAUAUAGUAAGUUAGCUGAUUUAAGAAAUGGGGGCCCCCGGAGGUCGGUGCCCCAGGGCCCUACCCCUAAUGUGGUAGUCCGGCCCUGUACAGGACCCCCUACCCCUAAUGUAUUUUCCAUUUAUUUUCUACAAAUAUUAGAGGUGUAUCUCUAUUGCCUGGAUUGACAUUUCUCUCAUUCAUCUAUUAAACUAAGGUUGUUUCCCUAUCCUGUCUCUCUCCAAGAAACAUCCUUCACUUUGCUCCACUGUGAUUGGCUCUGCUGCUCUGACCUAUCUUUCUUACUAUCCCUGAAACUCCUCCCUCCUACUCCACUGUGAUUGGCUGUACUGCUCUUACCUGUCUCUCUCUCUGGCCGCAGUGAUCUAGACAGGGACUUUUGGAAUAACAAUGACAGCAGCAACGUGCAGCAGAGAUGGAGCUCCUAUCCGCCCAAGGAGUUCCUCUUAAACAUGUCCCCCUAUGCCCCGUAUGGAGACCCUCGCCUCACGCCCAAUUUUGGGGACCCCUCCCUCUCGGCCGCCUCUACUCUGGAGCACAUUCCAUCCUCAGCAGCAGCCCGUCCUCGUCCCCUGGUGCGACAGCAGAGUCUCCAGCAGCCUCUCACCCACCAGCCCCCUCCGGGCCCCAAUGACCCCCCAGCCACCUCCCAGAGCCUGGGCCAGCUGCACACAGGGCUCGGGGGCGGGGGGCACCGGGGAGGCCCGCGGGGGGUGCGGGGGAGUCCGGCGGGGACAGGUGCUUCCCGGUACAGAGGAGCAGGAGGAGGACGAUCCAGGUCCAACCCAGGCAGCUGGGACCACAUGAUGGGGCAGAUCCGCAACAGAGGACUGGAUGUCAAGUCUUUCCUCGAGGGGAAGAUGGUUGUUCUGUCUCUAGCGAUCGGGCUGGCUGAACAAGAUGACUUCGCCAACCUCCCAGAUCUACAGGAAGCACCAGCGUGCCAAGAAAACUCAACUCCACCGGACAAAUCAAGCAGGAGCCUGUGUAAACCUGGAAGCCAGACCCCAGAUGAAGCAGGCCGCCUCGGGAACUCCUCCGUCACAGACCUGGCCAACUCUGUCACCACCAGCGACAUUCACAUGCUCUCUCCAGGCUCAGAAGAGGACACAGAAGGGCCUGUGGUUGAGAAGCUGGGCCGGAUUCAGUUCAGUGUGGGCUACAGCUUCCAGGACUCCACCCUGACCGUCAAGAUCCUCACGGGCCAGGAGCUCCCCGCCAAGGACUUCUCUGGCACCUCAGACCCCUUCGUCAAACUCUACCUGCUACCUGACAAGAAGCACAAGCUGGAGACCAAGGUCAAGAGGAAGAACCUCAACCCUCGCUGGAACGAGACCUUCCUGUUUGAAGGGUUCCCCUAUGAGAAGGUGAUCCAGAGGACCCUCUAUAUGCAGGUGCUGGAUUACGAUCGUUUCAGCAGGAACGACCCCAUCGGGGAGGUGUCCAUUCCCCUUAACAAGGUGGACCUGGGCAACCAGCAGACCUACUGGAAGGAGCUGAAGCCCUGCAGCGAUGGAAGCGGGAGUCGAGGAGACCUGCUGGUGUCCCUGUGCUACAACCCUCAAGCCAACACCAUCACUGUGACCAUCAUCAAAGCCCGCAACCUCAAAGCCAUGGACAUUGGAGGCACCUCCGAUCCCUAUGUGAAGCUGUGGCUGAUGCACAAGGACAAGCGUGUGGAGAAGAAGAAGACGGUGACAAUGAAGUGCUGUCUGAACCCCGUGUUCAACGAGUCCUUCCCCUUCGACGUCCCCGCCCACGUGCUCCGAGAGACCACCAUCAUCAUCACCGUCAUGGACAAGGACAAGCUCAGUCGCAACGAUGUCAUCGGCAAGAUCUAUCUCUCGUGGAAGAGUGGUCCAGCGGAGGUGAAGCACUGGAAGGACAUGAUGGGUAAACCUCGUAAUGCCGUGCAGCAGUGGCAUGCCCUCAAGGCCUGAUACUGUAGGUCCAGUCACGUCCACCCAGACCAUCCCAGCCCCCUGCCCUGCCCUGCCCUCCCACCCUAUCGUCAUGCACAAGGCUGACUCGCUGCAGAACAUGGGUACAAAUAGCCAUCCAACGCAUCCACCCUCUCCUCCUGCCUGUCCUCUCUCAGAUCCCUAAUGAACUUCUCCUUCCUCUACUCCCCUCUGUUAAGCCGGGUCCUUUCUGAGUCUUGUUGCUUUUAAGUUUUCUCUCAACCGUUGUUUUUUUCUCCUUGGUCCACCUUUACUCUGUUUUACUCUGGAGCAGCACACUCUGCCAGCCCUAGGGUGAGCCCCAGGAAUCCAGUUCCACCAUUCAUCCUGUGUCUCUCCAUCGUUCUCCUGUGGCAGUGAGGGGAGGCUUCUUCUCUCCCUAAUCACUGCUCUCUCUGUCGUCAGAAGCGAUGUGGUUGGCUGUUCAUUAUUGAUUUUUGCUUCCCACGUUGACCCUUUUGUCCGUUCCCUUCUGCAAACACACAGAGAAUAUAACAGGAAGGAUCGAUAGAGAGAGAGAGAGGCAAACCAAUGGAAUAGACGAGGGAUGGACUGUCUGGAUGAUAAUGGAAUUAGACGUGACACUGUCACUCCACCCCGUUCAUCAUCUCUGAUCUCUUUCUCUCCCACCACUGUGGUGAUUCUUCCCUGGCUGGACCCCCUUGUUGUCUGUGUGUGCUGUGGGUGAUGUGCUGUAACUCCAAAUGAAGUUCUAGAUGAAAAAAGGAGAAAAUGACUGAUCAUUUACACUGGUCCAUGGGGGAAAUGUAAAAAGACGUUCCUAUUUUCUGGAGAGAAAAAAAAGAAUAAUGACAGAAAAAGAGUAAAGUCAUCAAUGUUGUGUUUUGUUUUUAAAAAGCCUAAAGAGACCAAUCAAAAUGUUCUUCCAGAGACAGUAAAUAGAAGCAAAAAGACAGCUAUUAUUCUGUCGUAUUCUCUCUGUGUGUGUGUGUGUGUGUGUGUGUGUGUGUGUGUGUGCGUGUGUGCGUGCGUGCGUGCGUGCGUGUGUGCGUGCGUGCGUGCGUGCGUGCGUGUGCGUCAGUGAAAGUUAGAGCGUGAAUGCGAGUGCAGGUGUGUGAAAGUAUUGGGCUUGCACUGCAAAUGAAUAACAACAAUAUUACUGAUAAUAAUAAUGACAAUAAUAAUCAUCAGUAUUCUACUGGAUAUGUUUGAAGACUUGGAGAGGUCACAGCAGCUAAGCAGUGACAGAGAGAGAGGGGUACAGUCUGUAGGGUAGUGCCUGCUACCUGGUGUGGAACGGUAAGCAGAGGAGGAAGUUGACAUGAACCACCAGUCUUCAUCUGAGCUGCUUUCUCUCAAUUGCAUCAUCCACUGCAGAUAACCAUAAAUAAAUGCCCCUCUCCCAACCAAGUCAGUUUAGUUUAUAAUGGAGGACUAAGCCAAAUGAUCUUGUCCCCAUCAAGGUUUAUAACGUUACUUGUUUGUCUUUGUAAUUCUGCCUGUCUAUUGGAAUGUGUGUCUGUUACGUCAGUUAGUCUGUUCCAUUACUGGCCAAACCCCCUCUGCUCUGUCCUGCUCCUGAUGUUAGAUAGUUAGGGUGUUAGUGGGUCUUCAGGACCAUGGCUGUUCCAUUACUGGCCAGACCCCCUCUGCUCUGUCCUGCUCCUGAUGUUAGAUAGUUAGGGUGUUAGUGGGUCUUCAGGACCAGGGCUGUUCCAUUACAGACCAAACCCCCUCUGCUCUGUCCUGCUCCUGAUGUUAGAUAGUUAGGGUGUUAGUGGGUCUUCAGGACCAUGGCUGUUCCAUUACUGGCCAGACCCCCUCUGCUCUGUCCUGCUCCUGAUGUUAGAUAGUUAGGGUGUUAGUGGGUCUUCAGGACCAUGGCUGUUCCAUUACUGGCCAGACCCCCUCUGCUCUGUCCUGCUCCUGAUGUUAGAUAGUUAGGGUGUUAGUGGGUCUUCAGGACCAUGGCUGUUCCAUUACAGACCAAACCCCCUCUGCUCUGUCCUGCUCCAGAUGUUAGAUAGUUAGGGUGUUAGUGGGUCUUCAGGACCACGGCUGUUCCAUUACAGACCAAACCCCCUCUGCUCUGUCCUGCUCCUGAUGUUAGAUAGUUAGGGUGUUAGUGGGUCUUCAGGACCAGGGCUGUUCCAUUACAGACCAAACCCCCUCUGCUCUGUCCUGCUCCAGAUGUUAGAUAGUUAGGGUGUUAGUGGGUCUUCAGGACCAGGGCUGUUCCAUUACUGGCCAAACCCCCUCUACUCUGUCCUGCUCCUGAUGUUAGAUAGUUAGGGUGUUAGUGGGUCUUCAGGACCAGGGCUGUUCCAUUACAGACCAAACCCCCUCUGCUCUGUCCUGCUCCAGAUGUUAGAUAGUUAGGGUGUUAGUGGGUCUUCAGGACCAUGGCUGUUCCAUUACUGGCCAGACCCCCUCUGCUCUGUCCUGCUCCAGAUGUUAGAUAGUUAGGGUGUUAGUAGGUCUUCAGGGCCAUGGCUGUUCCAUUACUGGCCAGACCCCCUCUGCUCUGUCCUGCUCCAGAUGUUAGAUAGUUAGGGUGUUCGUGGGUCUUCAGGACCACGGCUGUUCCAUUACUGGCCAGACCCCCUCUGCUCUGUCCUGCUCCAGAUGUUAGAUAGUUAGGGUGUUCGUGGGUCUUCAGGACCACGGCUGUUCCAUUACUGGCCAGACCCCCUCUGCUCUGUCCUGCUCCAGAUGUUAGAUAGUUAGGGUGUUCGUGGGUCUUCAGGACCACGGCUGUUCCAUUACUGGCCAGACCCCCUCUGCUCUGUCCUGCUCCAGAUGUUAGAUAGUUAGGGUGUUCGUGGGUCUUCAGGACCACGGCUGUUCCAUUACUGGCCAGACCCCCUCUGCUCUGUCCUGCUCCAGAUGUUAGAUAGUUAGGGUGUUAGUGGGUCUUCAGGACCACGGCUGUUCUAUUACUGGCCAGACCCCCUCUGCUCUGUCCUGCUCCAGAUGUUAGAUAGUUAGGGUGUUCGUGGGUCUUCAGGACCAGGGCUGUUUCAUUACAGACAAACCCCCUCUGCUCUGUCCUGCUCCUGAUGUUAGAUAGUUAGGGUGUUUGUGGGUCUUCAGGACCAGGGCUGUUCCAUUACAGACCAAACCCCCUCUGCUCUGUCCUGCUCCUGAUGUUAGAUAGUUAGGGUGUUAGUGGGUCUUCAGGACCAGGCUGUUCCAUUACUGGCCAGACCCCCUCUGCUCUGUCCUGCUCCUGAUGUCAUCCUGGUGUGACCUGUUCCAAGCUUAAGUCUCUCUCUCAUCACACAGUGGGCUGAAGGAUAGCUACAAGAGUAAUAAUAUAAACUAAACCUAUUUUCUGUUUACAUUUGACUGUUUUAUUUGUGUCUACUGAAUGUGUGUGUGUGUGUGUUUGCAAUGUGUGUAUGAGUGUGUCAACAUCUGACUGUUAGUUUGUGUGUUUGUAUUUACGGUGUAUGUAUGUGUGCUCGGUGUUCACUUUUGCCAUUUUCAUUUUCUUAAUAUCGAAUCUGUUUUUUGGGCUGUUUUUAUUCUGUAUAAAGUAAUUUAGAUGUUCAGUUAAUUAUUUAUGUUGUCGCUGAUCGCUAAGAAGAAGACGCUAAUGAUUACUGGGAUGUUGGAACGUGACAAAGGGCAUGUGUCUACUUUCUAUUUGUUGGGGUUUUAUGGGUUGGUUGGGGAGGGGGCCAUAGACAUGAAGAGAGAAGGAAAGACAAGGGAGAGGGGAGCUCAUUACAUCUGACAAUACCACAUACAGCAUAUUCUAUUCUAGCCCUCUUCUGUUGGGCAGAGGGACUGUUCACUCAGUAUCAUUUAAUAGGUGGCUUACAGAACCACAACACACUGUCCCUCCGCUCUAGGUCUGGCCCAACACGCUGUCCCUCCGCUCUAGGACUGGCCCAACACGCUGUCCCUCCGCUCUAGGUCUGGCCAAACAAUCUGUCCCUCCGCUCUAGGACUGGCCCAACACGCUGUCCCUCCGCUCUAGGUCUGGCCCAACACCCUGUCCCUCCCCUCUAGGACUGGCCCAACACGCUGUCCCUCCGCUCUAGGACUGGCCCAACACACUGUCCCUCCCCUCUACGUCUGACCCAACACGCUGUCCCUCCCCUCUACGUCUAGCCCAAAAUACUGUCCCUCCGCUCUAGGACUGGCCCAACACCCUGUCCCUCCGCUCUACGUCUGGCCCAACACGCUGUCCCUCCGCUCUAGGUCUGGCCCAACACACUGUCCCUCCCCUCUACGUCUGGCCCAACACGCUGUCCCUCCGCUCUAGGUCUGGCCCAACACACUGUCCCUCCCCUCUACGUCUGACCCAACACGCUGUCCCUCCCCUCUACGUCUAGCCCAAAAUACUGUCCCUCCGCUCUAGGUCGGGCCCAACACGCUGUCCCUCCCCUCUACAUCUGACCCAACACGCUGUCCCUCCGCUCUACGUCUGGCCCAACACACUGUCCCUCCCCUCUACAUCUGACCCAACACGCUGUCCCUCCGCUCUAGGUCUGGCCCAACACCCUGUCCCUCCCCUCUACAUCUGACCCAACACGCUGUCCCUCCGCUCUACGUCUGGCCCAACACACUGUCCCUCCCCUCUACGUCUGACCCAACACGCUGUCCCUCCGCACUAGGUCUGGCCCAACACACUGUCCCUCCCCUCUACGUCUGACCCAACACGCUGUCCCUCCGCUCUAGGUCUGGCCCAACACCCUGUCCCUCCGCUCUAGGACUGGCCCAACACCCUGUCCCUCCGCUCUACGUCUGACCCAACACGCUGUCCCUCCGCUCUAGGUCUGGCCCAACACACUGUCCCUCCCCUCUACGUCUGGCCCAACACGCUGUCCCUCCGCUCUAGGUCUGGCCCAACACACUGUCCCUCCCCUCUACGUCUGACCCAACACGCUGUCCCUCCCCUCUACGUCUGGCCCAAAAUACUGUCCCUCCGCUCUAGGUCGGGCCCAACACGCUGUCCCUCCCCUCUACAUCUGACCCAACACGCUGUCCCUCCCCUCUACGUCUGACCCAACACGCUGUCCCUCCCCUCUACGUCUGACCCAACACGCUGUCCCUCCCCUCUACGUCUGGCCCAACACACUAUACCUCCGCUCUAGGUCUGGCCCAACACGCUGUCCCUCCCCUCUAGGUCUGGCCCAACACCCUGUCCCUCCCCUCUACAUCUGACCCAACACGCUGUCCCUCCGCUCUACGUCUGGCCCAACACACUGUCCCUCCCCUCUACGUCUGACCCAACACGCUGUCCCUCCGCACUAGGUCUGGCCCAACACGCUGUCCCUCCGCUCUAGGUCUGGCCCAACACCCUGUCCCUCCCCUCUAGGACUGGCCCAACACGCUGUCCCUCCGCUCUAGGACUGGCCCAACACACUGUCCCUCCCCUCUACAUCUGACCCAACACGCUGUCCCUCCCCUCUACGUCUAGCCCAAAAUACUGUCCCUCCGCUCUAGGACUGGCCCAACACCCUGUCCCUCCGCUCUACGUCUGGCCCAACACGCUGUCCCUCCGCUCUACGUCUGGCCCAACACGCUGUCCCUCCGCUCUAGGUCUGGCCCAACACACUGUCCCUCCCCUCUACGUCUGACCCAACACGCUGUCCCUCCCCUCUACGUCUAGCCCAAAAUACUGUCCCUCCGCUCUAGGUCGGGCCCAACACGCUGUCCCUCCCCUCUACAUCUGACCCAACACGCUGUCCCUCCGCUCUACGUCUGGCCCAACACACUGUCCCUCCCCUCUACGUCUGACCCAACACGCUGUCCCUCCGCUCUAGGUCUGGCCCAACACCCUGUCCCUCCCCUCUACAUCUGACCCAACACGCUGUCCCUCCGCUCUACGUCUGGCCCAACACACUGUCCCUCCCCUCUACGUCUGACCCAACACGCUGUCCCUCUGCACUAGGUCUGGCCCAACACACUGUCCCUCCCCUCUACGUCUGACCCAACACGCUGUCCCUCCGCUCUAUGUCUGGCCCAACACCCUGUCCCUCCGCUCUAGGACUGGCCCAACACCCUGUCCCUCCGCUCUACGUCUGGCCCAACACGCUGUCCCUCCGCUCUAGGUCUGGCCCAACACACUGUCCCUCCCCUCUACGUCUGGCCCAACACGCUGUCCCUCCGCUCUAGGUCUGGCCCAACACACUGUCCCUCCCCUCUACGUCUGACCCAACACGCUGUCCCUCCCCUCUACGUCUGGCCCAAAAUACUGUCCCUCCGCUCUAGGUCGGGCCCAACACGCUGUCCCUCCCCUCUACAUCUGACCCAACACGCUGUCCCUCCCCUCUACGUCUGACCCAACACGCUGUCCCUCCCCUCUACGUCUGACCCAACACGCUGUCCCUCCCCUCUACGUCUGGCCCAACACACUAUACCUCCGCUCUAGGUCUGGCCCAACACGCUGUCCCUCCCCUCUACGUCUGGCCCAACACACUAUACCUCCGCUCUAGGUCGGGCCCAACACGCUGUCCCUCCCCUCUACGUCUGACCCAACACGCUGUCCCUCCCCUCUACGUCUGGCCCAACACACUAUACCUCCGCUCUAGGUCUGGCCCAACACGCUGUCCCUCCCCUCUAGGUCUGGCCCAACACACUGUCCCUCCGCUCUAGGUCUGGCCCAACACACUGUCCCUCCCCUCUACGUCUGGCCCAACACACUAUACCUCCGCUCUACGUCUGGCCCAACACGCUGUCCCUCCACUCUACGUCUGGCCCAACACACUGUCCCUCCGCUCUAGGUCUGGCCCAACACACUGUCCCUCCCCUCUAGGUCUGGCCCAACACACUGUCCCUCCGCUCUAGGUCUGGCCCAACACACUGUCUCUCCCCUCUAGGUCUGGCCCAAAACACUGUCCCUCCGCUCUAGGUCUGGCCCAACACACUGUCCCUCCCCUCUACGUCUGGCCCAACACACUGUCCCUCCGCUCUAGGUCUGGCCCAACACACUGUCCCUCCCCUCUAGGUCUGGCCCAACACACUGUCCCUCCGCUCUACGUCUGGCCCAACACACUGUCCCUCCCCUCUAGGUCUGGCCCAACACACUGUCCCUCUGCUCUACGUCUGGCCCAACACACUGUCCCUCCGCUCUACGUCUGGCCCAACACACUGUCCCUCCGCUCUAGGUCUGGCCCAACACACUGUCCCUCCGCUCUAGGUCUGGCCCAACACGCUGUCCCUCCGCUCUACGUCUGGCCCAACACACUGUCCCUCCGCUCUAGGUCUGGCCCAACACACUGUCCCUCCGCUCUAGGUCUGGCCCAACACGCUGUCCCUCCGCUCUACGUCUGGCCCAACACACUGUCCCUCCGCUCUAGGUCUGGCCCAACACACUGUCCCUCCACUCUAGGUCUGGCCCAACACACUGUCCCUCCGCUCUAGGUCUGGCCCAACACACAGACACUAAGACAGGCGAGGUCUCCAGACGUCAGUGCUGACGUACUUCAAAACCCCACUGUGACACACAUGCUUUUUGGCACAAGGUGCUCUUAAACAACACCCCUCCCCUCUCUCCUCCAUAUGCUCUCACUCCCCAAGUGUCACAGAGAAAAGGUGAGACAGACAAUGAUCAUCACCUCAUUUGCAUCACUGCCAUCUCUCCAGGCAGAGCAGAACAUAGCAGAGCACCUACCUGUUUCUAAAAUAACUGGGAACAGUCACCUCCCUGCCUCAUACUGAGCACACACGCAAACGAUACAUCAUUAUGCAUCAGAUGCAGCAUUAAAUUGAAAAGAUCAGCCAGAAUAGGAAACACAGAUAAAAUGGCACGAUUCAGGUGAAAAUGAAUUAUUUGUCUGAAAAUAAAAUAGGAAGCCAGGUAUGGUCCAUUUGCCUCUGAGGCAUUGAGCUGGGAUUCUUUGUAGAGUCCUUCCUUGGCUCUAGAAAAGCCCAGUAACAAUUCAAAACACAGAUCUAAAUAAAUCUGAAAACUGAUCAGUGUUCACUCAGAUUGAAAUCACCCUAAAUGUCUGAUUAGGGCUCUCUACACAGAUAUUGGUGGAGAUACGAGGAGGAUUGUCCAAAACAGGCCAGGAUUUUGUGACAUUGUAUAAAGGAUAAAUGAAAAUUGUGUAUGUAAAAACUAAUCAGUGUUAAUUGGGGAUGUUGAUAUCUGUAUGUCCUUGACAUCCCUUUGUCCCAUUUCUUGCUCUCUUCUGUUCUCUCUUUAGUCACACAUCUGUGGGGUGCACAAUCUUAUAUUUCAAGCAUUUUUUUUUUAUCUGUACAGUGUAUAAAUAUAUAAAUGUGUACAUAAAAAGAAGAAACUUCUAAAAUA